ACUCACAUGGCAGAGAAGUUAUACCAGUGUGAAGUAUGUGAAAAAUCGUUCACUCAGAAUAGUAAUCUAAUAAGUCAUCAACGAACUCACACGGGAGAAAAACCAUACCAGUGUGAAGUAUGUGAUAAAUCAUUUGCUCACGGUAGUAAUCUGAUAGUACACCGUCGAAUACACACUGGAGAAAAACCAUACCAGUGUGAAGUAUGUGAAAAAUCGUUCACUCAGAAUAGUAGUCUAACAACACACCAACGAACUCACACUGGAGAAAAAUCAUAUAUGUGUGAAGUAUGUGAUAAAUCAUUUGCUCACAGUAGUAAUCUG